AAAAACAAUAAAUUAAAUCAUAAAAAAGCACGCGCGUGCUUUAUUCUCGUCGUUUCACCUGCGUUUGCCUCUGCCCCCAAAACAAAAGCAAAACGAUCUUGUGCCUGCCCUUUACAAUCGCGACCAUGGCUACUCUAGACUCCGAUGUGCCGAUGCUCCCCGUCGGUGAGGCUUCCAGCAACUCAGCCCCUUCCUCCUCCACUAAGAAGCCUAAGCGCUUCGAGAUCAAAAAGUGGAGUGCCGUGGCCCUCUGGGCCUGGGAUAUUGUGGUCGAUAAUUGUGCAAUUUGCAGGAAUCAUAUCAUGGAUCUCUGUAUCGAGUGCCAGGCCAACCAAGCCAGCGCCACCAGUGAGGAGUGCACUGUUGCUUGGGGGGUCUGCAACCAUGCAUUUCACUUCCACUGCAUCAGCCGAUGGCUCAAGACUCGUCAAGUGUGCCCAUUGGAUAAUAGUGAGUGGGAGUUCCAAAAGUAUGGCCACUAGAUCUCUUGGGUUGUUAGCUAUUGAACCUCUUUACCUUUCUCAUGUGGUUGAAGAAGUUUACACAUUUCUUCAGCAUUCUGUUGAUUUGACUGAAGCUGUUGUAAUUUUUUAGAAAAAA